AUGGGAAAGCGUGUGGCAAUCGUGGGUAGCGGCUGUUCAGGUCUUGGUGCUUUGUGGGCGCUUAAUACCAGCACUGGCCAUGAAGUCCACCUAUUCGAGGCAGCAUCACGUCUAGGCGGACAUACGAAUUCCAUUGCCUACGAAGGGCCCAAUGGGCACAAGGUCGAAGUCGAUACCGGCUUUAUUGUCAUGAACGCUGCUACCUCCCCCAACUUCAUCCGGUUCCUCAAGGAGCUGGGCAUCCCAACGAAGAAGACGGGCAUGACCUUUAGUGUCUCCCGCGACCAAGGGACGGUUGAGUGGGCGGGGACAUCGUGGUCCACCAUCUUUGCCCAAAGGAGGAAUUUCUUCAAUCCUGGCAUAUGGAAGUUGAUUUUUGAAGUCAUCAGGUUCAACGAGUUCGCACUUGAUCUCCUGCUAGAAGAUGAUGGCGAGGAUGAUAACACCGCUCAAGAAACUGAUCACAAGACCAAACACCAGUUCCGAGAAAGCAUUGGCGAAUAUCUUGACCGCGAACACUACUCCCAGGAAUUCCGUGACAACUAUCUCAUUCCGAUGACGGCCGCCAUCUGGAGUAUGAGUCCUCAUAACUGUUCUCUAGAGCUCCCGGCCAGCACAGUGAUUCGGUUCAUGUACAACCAAGACAUGCUGAGUACCAUGGCAAAACUCCCAGAUUGUUGGACCAUUUCCGGCGGAACGAUGCGGUAUAUCGAGGCAGUGGUGAAAGACUUCCCCAAUGACAGAAUCCACCUCAAAUCCAGAGUGACCAUACUGACCCCGGGUGACAAAGGCGUUGUCAUGCUGAGGGCAAAUGGAAAAGACCAUGAAUUCGACCACGUAAUAAUCGCGACGCAGGGUGGUCAAGCUAUGGACGUCUUGCGACCACUAGCCACCAGAGAGGAGAUUGAAAUUUUGAGUGGUUUCCGCACCAGUAGGAAUGUUGCCGUACUACACUCGGAUCUCUCCCUGAUGCCAAAGAGACGGCAUGCCUGGUCAUCCUUGAACUAUAUCACCGAGUCCCCAUUCCCGCCUAGCAGGAACAAGAACUUUUCCAAAGGCUGUCUAACAUAUUGGAUGAAUUCACUCCACGAAAUACCGGAGCACACGUUUGGUCCCAUCCUGGUCACGUUGAAUCCCUUGAGCAUGCCCGAUCCUCGGCUAGCGCAGGGCAUAUGGGAAUAUUCCCAUCCCCUGUACAAUGCCGCCGCAAUCAGGUCACAGAAACUGUUGUACAAGAUUCAAACCACCAAGAACAUCAGCUACUGUGGAGCGUGGACUAAAUAUGGCUUCCAUGAAGAUGGCUUUAGUAGUGGACUGUCAGUGGCCAUGAAUCAUCUUGGAGCAAAGCUGCCUUUUGAGUUUGUCGAUUCGACGUCGUCCAGAGGCAAGAGGCCAACUUUGACCAUGAAGAAUUAUUUGCUGAGGCUGGUCAUUCUCCUCAUACAGAUAGCGCUGUUGCUGGUAGAAAGAGCAUGUUUGACAGUGGCCACAGCGAUCGAUAGAGGGAUAUCCUCGCGACGGAAAACUGCCUGA